AUGUGGGUGGCAGUGGGCAUGCUCGGGCUCCUGGCCCUCAUGGGGCCCCCCCAGGCCCGGGGAUCCUGCCCCUCUCAGUGCAGCUGCAGCCUCCACAUCCUGAGUGAUGGCAGCAAAGCCAGGACAGUGGUGUGCAGCGACCCCGACAUGACCCUGCCCCCCGCAUCGGUCCCGCUGGACACCUGCAGACUAUGCCUGGAGCGCACAGCCCUGCGCAGGGUGCCUGGUGAAGCCUUCCGGUCGCUGGGCCACCUGGAGCAGCUGUGGCUGCCCUACAACGCUCUCAGCGAGCUCAGCGCCCUCAUGCUCCGUGGACUGCGGCGCCUGCGCGAGCUACGAAUGCCUGGGAACCGCCUGGCCGCCUUCCCCUGGGCCGCGCUCAGGGAUGUCCCUGAGCUGCGACUGCUGGACCUGCAGGCCAAUCGCCUCUCCACCGUGCCACCUGAGGCCGCGCGCUUCCUGGGGAACCUCACCUUCCUCGACCUCUCCAGCAACCAGCUGAUGAGGCUACCGCAGGAGCUGCUUCUCACCUGGGUUCCCAUGAAGGCCGAGCUCUUCCCGCCGAGCCAUCGCGCCAGGCUGGUCCUAGGGCUGCAGGACAACCCCUGGAUGUGUGACUGCCGACUCUAUGACCUGGUUGGACUCCUGGAACACUGGUCCCCAAACCUGAUCUUUAUCGAGGCUAGGCUGCGGUGUGCUAGCCCUCGAAGCCUGGCUGGAGUAGCCUUCAGCCAGCUGGAACUGCAAAAGUGCCAGGGACCAGAGCUCCGUCCAGGUGUGGCCAGCAUCAGGUCCCCUUUGGGCAGCACAGUCUUUCUACGUUGUGGGGCCACGGGUGUCCCUGGCCCUGAGAUGAGCUGGAAGAGAGCUAAUGGACGCCCACUCAAUGGCACAGUGCACCAGGAGUUCUCUGGCGACGGCACGAGCUGGACUCUGCUGGGCCUGCCUGAAGUGUCCCACUCGGACUCCGGAGACUACAUCUGCCAGGCCAAGAACUUUCUGGGAGCCACGGAGACCCUCAUCUCCCUGCUGGUCACAGAGCCGCAGACUCCCGCAGCACCCAGAGGGAGCCCUGGUGCUCUGCGGGCGUGGAUGGGCGAGGGGCCCGAAGCCGCUGCCUACAACAACAAGCUGGUGGCCAGGCACGUGCCCCACCUUGCUGAGUCUGCUGGCCCGGCCACCACAGCGCCAGGCGUGAAGGAGGAGCUCGGGCUCCAGCACCUCCACCUGGGGGCCCCUGGAGAGCUCUCGGAGGGGCAAGUGGGAUCCCAGACGGUGAGGUCUCUCAAGGUGAUGGGGGACACCUACCACAGCGCAUCCUUGGUGUGGAAGGGCCCCCAGGCUGGGAACACCACGGCCCUAAAUGUCCUCUACGCCGUCUUUGGGCAGCGCAACAUGCGGCGGGUGAUGGUGCCGCCAGGGAAGACUAGCGUCACCAUCGAGGGCCUGGCGCCCAAGACCAAGUACGUAGCCUGCGUGUGCGCGCGGGGCCUGCUGCCCCGGAAGGAGGAGUGCGUCAUCUUCUCCACCGACGAGGUGGUGGACGCCGAGGGCACCCAGCGGCUCAUCAACGUGGUGGUGAUCAGCGUGGCUGCCAUCAUCGCGCUGCCUCCCACGCUACUCGUCUGCUGCGGAGCGCUCCGCAGGCGCUGCCGCAAGUGCCGCUCUGCGCGCUCCACCGAGGCCACGGGCGCCUACGUCAACCUGGAGAGGCUGGGCCACAGCGACGACGGCUCCGAGGAGCUGUCCCGGAACAGCCUUAGCGAAGCCGACAGGCUCCUGUCUGCCCGAUCCAGCCUGGACUCUCAGGUCUUGGGGACCCGAGGGGGCCGACGGCUCAAUGAGUACUUCUGCUGAGGGCGUGGCCCUCCUGCUCCCACACCUGCCACGCCCACUCUCCCUCUUCGAUCCUCACAUGCUCCCGGUGAUGCCUGAGUGCACACUCACCCGGCUCGGGUCUGCUUGCUCAUACUCUCAAAACAACAGCAGUAGCAGCAACAGCUAACACGGAUGAAGCGCUUAAAGAUGUGCCAGCCAGGGUCCUAAAGUGCUUUGUAUGCAUACGCUUGUUUAAUUCUCAUAACAACUAUUUGCAGCAGGCUCCACCCUUCUCCCCAUCUCCUGGAGAAAAAAACCAGGGAGGUUAAGUACCUUGCCUGCAUCUAUCGGUUUUUUCUGUGUAACAAAUAAAUACAAACUCUCUGUGGUCUACAGCAUAGAACACUGUCCACACUCACAGGACUGAUAGAUGACCGGGGAGGCCCUGCUCUGUGUCUGUCAUGUGGGCCCCAGGCUGGAGGGUAGCAGUGGCUACCUGGGGCAGACUUCUGUAUGCUGAGGUCUGAUGCCAUCGGAGGGGAUGAGCACAAUCAUGCAAUGCUUCUUAAGUUCUUGGUUCAGAAUUGACACACUGUCACUUCUGCCCAUGUUGUCUCUGCCAAAGCAAGUCUCAUGGCCAAACCCAGCUUUAAUGCGGCAAGGAAGGACACGUCUCCCAUGGAGGUGAAGGUGGAACAGGAAAUAUUUGCUGGAUUGGGAUCGAAUCAAUUCCAUUGCCCACAGUAUACAGCCAAGGAUGGCAGCUCUGGAAUUUGGACCAGGCAAUUGGGCUUCACUGUCAAUAGUCCCCCCACACUCCUCUACUGCCUUUGUAUUACAUGAAUACUAGUUCUCAGGCACUCCCACACAAGCCUGGCUAUGCAUUUGUUGUAUUUGUAAUCACACUCACACACAUAUACACAUAUACACACUGUGCCCUCAUCGAAUUCUAACUUCUAUUCU